AACCUACCUGAGGCUUGGAUGAACAAAAAAACGUUCCCAACUCUUGUUUCAGUUGCCCGUUGGACACGGUCUGAGUCGGAUCGUUGAUAGUUUCGAUGCUCGGUUUCUUUAGUUUGAUCAGAAUUGAUUUUUUCGCACAGUGAAGUGUCGUGUCUGGCGAUUAAAACGCACCCUGGGAUUACUUCAGCUCAAGCAGACGAACAUAAAAACAAAAGACGGUCGUCCUUUCUGCACGACCACGCUGUCGAAACCGAACUCGAUUGAGACGACGACGGAUUACAACAAUUAGACAAUUGAAACAGCCAAAAAAAAACUUUAAAAGUUGUUGUGCAAUUGUGGUUGAAGGUUGUUGUUGUGUGCUGUGUUGUGUGCCCUAUCGAGGAAAAUCGAAGGACGCGAGUUUCUAGAAGUCUCUGUCCUUAUCAUUAACAUUUGCUUAAUUUUCUGUGCACACGCUGGCAGCGCCACUGCUGAAUCUGAUUGUUUGGGGAGGAGAACAUCAUUUCGGAAUCAAAAGGACGAGAGACUCUUUUUUUUUUUAACAGCAGCAGAGGAGAAGAGAGAACUGGGCAUUUUUCGUUGCCUUGGCGUGUGUAACGCAUGUGGUCGUGGAGCUGCUGUUUCUCGUCGGCGGGAAGUGAUGUGUAGUGCGGAAGUGAUUGCUCCUUGUCGACGCGGAAGAGAAGCCGCAGGCAUCAAUCACACGCCAGGAGAUGCGUAAAUUCCGGCUCGUUGCCGGAUUGGGUCGCCAGCCGACGCAACAACAGCAGCAACAACAACAACAACAACGAGAGGUGGGAAUAACAGCAAAUGGCAACGGCGUUAGUGUCGCCAAUGGUCCGGAGACGGCCGCUUCGCUCCUAGCGGCCGGAUUGGACGCCCGAGCCGCUGAAUUGGCAUCGGCCACUCCUCUGCAAAGGGCUGCUGCCGAAGGUCACGUCGAUAUCGUUCACCAACUGCUCAAACACGGAGCUGACGUCAACCACCAAGAUUCACUCCACGGCAACAGCGCUUUGCACGAGGCUGCCUGGAGGGGUUACUCGCAGACGGUGACUGUUCUGAGCCAGCACAAGGCCAACGUCAAUGCCGUCAACCGGGCCGGCUUCACGCCGCUACACCUGUGCUGCCAGAACGGCCACAAUGAGACGUGCAGGGUCUUGCUAUGGGCCGACGCCAAUCCCGACGCAAAAAAUCACUAUGGUGACACACCGCUGCACACGAGUGGUCGCUACGGUCACGCGGGAGUCAUGCGCAUCCUGGUCAGCGCUCAGUGCAACGUGUCGGAACAGAACAAGAACGGAGACACGGCGUUGCACAUCGCCGCCGCCAUGGGACGGCGCAAAUUGACGCGCAUCUUAAUCGCCGCUGGCUGUUCGACCAAUGUCAAAAAUAAGCAAGGGGAGUAUGCGGUGGAUAUCGCCCGCCGGAAGGAAUUUCACGAGAUUGUCAGCAUGCUUGUCAAAUCGCCCAAGGCGUCUGCCAAUGGCGCAACCCGUGGCACUCACGCCCACGAUCGGAGCAAAAGCAGCAGCACCAAAUCGAAAUCGAAGAGGCUCAAACCGGACAGCGCCACCGCUUCGAGCAAGGACGGAAGUCGGAGUAACUCGUCCAAACCCAAAGAAAGGAAAAGGAGGAAAGAGAAACAUGGAUCGGCCGGUGAGUCAUCCAAGGCGUUAAACGGCCACGUUGUCAAUUCGCCUUACGGAUGUCACGACAAUCCGGAAUUGGCCAAAUUGCUACACAAGAAAUUGAACGCGCUGCCGGACAGGCCGCUGAAGAAGGGCGAGCAAUACUUCCUGGACUUGUCGGGCAAAAUUCAGAAAGGUCCGGUGGGCGUGCCGACGUGCUACUGCGGCCCAGUUCUCCACCGUUUGGAAUGUCGGCUGGCUAAAGAUAAACAGGAGAUCCUGCACCGGUUGGACUCUGCCCACUUGAGACUGGACGCCAAAAUCGACGGCCUGGAACGCAACACUCAACAGCAGCUGCAGGGCCUCCAGCGGACGGUCGACAGCCUCGGGCUGGAGAGCAGCGCCGCUGGACUGCAGCGGGUGCGUAACAGCAUCGUCAUCGACGAUCCUGGACACUCGACUCCGCCAUUGCCCAACUGCCUGGAACUGGUCAGCGAUUCGGCAACGUCGCACUCUCAUCGCGAUUCCGACGACCCUGCCCAGCCGCCGCAAUGGAACAAUCAAAAGACGAAAGCGUCGAAAAAGAAGCCGGCCGACACGGCCGCCGACCAAGUCCAGCAGCCAGCGCCGCAUGAGGCGGGCAACGAGGUCCAGUACACGAUGGACAGGUUGGGUCUGGAUUCAGGUGUCCAGGAAGCGUCCACUAACAAACAGCAAGCCCUGCAAGCGCUGAAGAAUCGGCUGGCCUUGACGCGCAUUCAAGAGCAGCUGGAACUGGACGCCAUUGUCGAACACUACCAGCGCCGCAAUCACGGCCAUUGCAACGGCAACGUCGUCGAAGACGCCGAAGAAGACGAAGAGGAAGACGAUGAAAACGAGGGAGAAGAAGAAGAAUCGGAGGAAUCGGAAGACGAGGACAUCAUUUUACCACCGCCGGCCAUCAUCAGUUCAGAGAAAGCGUCCAUGCUCUCUGAUUCCAGGUAUGAAAACUACGAUUAUCCGGCGUCCAUUACGAAACCGCUACCCUCGUACGUGAUGGCCGGCCAGGAGCCGCCACACCAACCCACCGGAGUGGCUAACGGUUCCGGCGUGUUGACUUACCGCAAUUUGCCCUUACCGCGUUACCAUCUGGAUACAACGACGGCCGGAUCGUCGGGCACGUCCGAGACGACGCCCAUUCAAAUGUUUAAUGGAGUGACGGCCACAACGACCGUGGUGGAUAUCCAUCAAGCCAAUCAGGCGGAUCACCCGGCCAACAAUUUGCUGGGCGUUAUUAUCGAUCCGGUACUCUACGCCCGCCAUUUUGCCGGCCAUAAUCAUCACGAUUUGCGAGUGUAUCACGACGAUCAAGAUCGUCACAACGAUUCCGGUUACAGCACGCGGCCCGGAGAAAGUUCGCAAGGGCCGUCACCUUCUCUUUCGGUUGUUUCAGGGCCAGCUGAAUCGACCGAAGGAGACAAUACGGCAACGCUCAGCCCUCGGUCGACCCGUCGAAUGGAGAAUUUCCAGUCGCAUUUUGCACGUGACUUGGCCCAGACGUUGCCCGCCAUGACAAACGGUUCGUCUACCAAUGGCUAUUAUCACCAUCAAAAUGGCAAAAACGGGGUAGUGGCCUACCCUCGAGUAAGGUUCGCCGUUCCAGACCAUGAGCAAUCUCAUUUCCCACCCGGGACAAUCAGCUCUUCGAGUUUGGUGUGAAAAGAAAAAGAUAAUUGAACAAAAACAAAACAAAAAGGAGUAGCAAAAGUUCAGACGUUCCAGUCAUCGACGACUGAAUAUAUUUUUAUUUUUAUUUAUUUUUAUUUUGACUUGUUUUAUUUUUGAAGAAGAAGAAUUAUUAUCAAUGUUAUUAUAAUAACCAGUUCCUUUUGUUUUGAAUGUGUACAGACGUCUCGAGAUCGCCAUUGUUCUCUAUGUUUACAUCUGCCAUCAUCUUGCUACUUAAGAUAUAAUAUUAUGUGGCUUUUUUUUUUAUUUAAAGAAAUUCGAUGCCUUUAUUAUGCAAAGCCUUUCUCCAUUUUUAACCAUUUGUUUUUUUUUGUUUCUCUCGAUAUUGUAAUUUGUUUGGUUUGCAAGUCCCAUCUAUUCAUGUGCGUGUGUCUUGGUGUGGCAUAGAAUUGAUAACCGUUAAACCAAUAUAUAUUGAUCAACAGAA